UAUACAUAGAUUAACAUCGAUUAGUCAGGGGGACGCCGGAAUUCGAGGCUGAGGCUAAGCCCUACCCCAGUGUAAGCAGUGGGUUUGCCUGCUUGGUUCCUCAUUUCCAGUUCGCUGUCGGAGCCGGCGCGAUGAGCAGCAAAGAUAGCAGCCCUCAGGAGAAAUACAAACUGGUGGUAGUUGGAGGUGGCGGGGUCGGCAAAAGUGCUCUCACUAUUCAGUUCAUUCAGUCUUAUUUUGUAUCGGAUUAUGACCCGACCAUUGAGGAUUCCUACACCAAGCAAUGUGUCAUUGAUGACCGGGCAGCAAGGUUGGACAUUUUGGACACUGCUGGACAAGAAGAGUUUGGAGCAAUGAGGGAACAGUAUAUGCGUUCGGGUGAAGGCUUUCUCCUUGUCUUUGCUAUCAAUGAUCGGGGAAGUUUCGAUGAAAUCAGUAAGUUCCACCGACAGAUUCUCCGAGUCAAGGACCGAGAUGAAUUUCCCAUGAUCCUCAUCGGGAACAAGGCGGACCUUGAGCACCAGCGACAGGUAAUGAAAGAGGAAGCUGAGAAUCUUGCAAGGCAGCUGAAGGUGACCUACUUGGAGGCAUCAGCCAAAAUCCGAUUGAAUGUAGACAAUGCGUUUCACAGCCUGGUGCGGGCAAUACGGAAAUUCCAGGAGCUGGAGAGCCCACCUAGCCCACAGCCCAAGCCCUCAAAAGAAUCCAGCGGUUGUCCCUGUAUUCUCCUGUGAGGUUCCCCCCCAAACCCCCUGUCUUUGGCAGGAGUUGGCUUCGAUCUGAGCCGACCUCUGUGCAUCUGGUCCACUCUCUUCGUCCACAGCAUCAACUGACUUCACUCGCCCCUCACCCUUUCAUGGCCACCAUGGAAUCACCGUGAAGACUUUGCCACCUGCACCCUCACUCUGCCAGUGAGAUGCCUACUGUUCCGUCAGGAAAGCGAGGAGCUUGUUGCUGGACUUACAGUUUACUGUCUUCCUUAGACCUUUCACUUAUUUUUAAUCUUGAUAAGGAAAAAAAAAUGUCUGUUGUAAAGUUCGAUGUUCCUUUUUUAUUUGUGGUGUAAUACUGGGGAGCCGUGGUGGGGAAUGGGCACCGUCCAGGCAGGAGAGGGCAGAAGUUUUGGUGCCAACUGUGUUGAGGGUUCAGAGAAUUGGGGCACGGUGGGGGGGGGGGGGGAAGAUUAAUGUUGAGGUUAAUCUUGUCCAUUGACACUAUCGGUGUGCGUGGUUCAUCGUGUUUCUAACUGGUCAUUGGGUAUGGUGGGGGUGGGAAAACAAUGUCCCAACAUGUCCCUUCCUGAAAAGGUCAUGGGCACUGUCCAGGUUGGACGUUGGUAAGCGUGCUGCCCAGGACCUGAUGGCUAAAGACCAGCUAGUGAUUCGGAUUCUGAAACGGCUCGGAUCGGUUCCUAAUCGAUACAGACCCAGAGACAAAACCGUUUCUGAAUCAGCACUCGACGUCCCCCGGGGAUACGUGUGGGAAGUGGAGACACAGGGGAUGCCGUGAGGUUGGGGUACGGUACUGGGACAGAGCAGAGAGAGAGAGAGCUUUUCUCUGCGCCCAUCAUGCCAUCUAUGUGCCUGAAACUCUUCCAUUCUCUGCAACCAGCAUUCCCUUUUUUGUGUUUUUUUUAAGGGCAAUUGUAGAUUCUACUGGCACCAGGCUCGUCUCUGGAUUAAUAUUGAGUCGGGCCUGGCCAAGGUAGUGCAGUAGGAACACUAGAGUUGUCCUCGGCAUCUUUGGAUAGAGGAAAUAUUCCCAAUCAGGCCUUAAAGAAGUGCGUGCACAUAUGUGCACAAAUGUGGGAGGAUUCAAUGAUCCUUUAUCUAAAAAGGGGGAUCAUGGUGGACUUGUUGAUAGAAUAAUCAAAUCAUAGAAUCCCUACAGUGUGGAAGCAGCCAUUCAGCCCAUCAAAUCUACACUGACCCUCCUACCCAGGCUCAACCCCCUACCCAAUCCCUGUAACCCUAUACUUCCCAUGGCUAACCUACCUAGUCUGCACAUCCCUGGACACUACAGGGCAAUUUCCCAAGGCCAAUCCACCCUAACCCGCACAUCUUUGGACUGUGGGAGGAAACCGGAGCACCCAGAGGAAACCCACACAGACACAGGGAGAAUGUGCAAACUCCACACAGACAGUCACCCGAGGGUGGAAUCGAACCCAAGUCCCUGGUGCUGUGAGGCAGCAGUGCUAACCACUGUGCCACAUGAUCAGGACACUGAGGUUUCACUUGUGUAUCCACCCUUCAUCCAAACCAGCGGUGGUGUCCUGUAUACCCACUGGAUCUGUUCAUGUGUCAGCUUUCCUGCACUCGCUUUCCAAUGCACACUCUCUCUCUGUUUCUCCCCCCACUUUCAAUCUUUUCCCCCCUCCCCCCAUCUCCCUUUCCCCAGCCAUCUCCCCAUUCCCCCCUUGCCCUACCCCACCUCCCUGCCCCCAACUAUCUGCUCCAAUGCAAUUCACUCGAACCUUGACCCUCCAGCCUGUCUGCUACCAACUGUGCUCUCUCCUCAGCGAGCAAUUUUCCAUCCAGCAGAGCCUGUCAGUCAGUAGCUGGAGAUUAUGAGGAGUAUCCCAGUUCAAAUUCCUGACAUUCUCGGAAUGUUUUUGUAACAGCCUCUUUGAGGUGAGUGACAGGCCCUCAGAACACUGGGCUGUGCUUCACUCCCUGAAGCCAGAGUCCCUGGUUUUAUCCAGUUUGAGGUGUUGUCUAACCCAUUAACCGUUGAUUUGUAAAUAGGAAGAGGCAUGAGUAAUGGAGGCUGCUCUCUGUGAUCCCGAUGUGCCCAUGCAUGGGGUACACGCGCAAACAUUAACAUUUGGAUGUAUUUGAUGGUCAGGGGGGCUGUGCGGGUGGAGUGUUCCUCAGGUGUGAUUGCUGCAUCUUGUUGCUGAAUGGCGAGAGAUGUUAAACAUUUUCCCUGUGUUUUGUGAGGAAGGCGUUCUUUUUUUGUUAGUGAAAUCAGUUCAUGCGACUGAAAGGGUGAGCAGUUUCUAUUUAACAGGUCUGAGUUGAGACCCUCUGCAGAACAUGUCCUGGAGACUGUGGUACCACCAGAGAGCUGACCCUGUGAUGGGUGUGCCUCCUCAGCUGAGCUGGUAACUGAUAACUGGGACCAUUUUGCAGAGCCUCAAUGGCCUCAAGCACUUUUGUUGGUCUUUCAAAGAACAAAACUUUGGAAUUGUGAGGAACUAGCGGUUCAUUUUUUUUUUUCCCCAAUGGAAGAGAUUUAGAGGUGGGUUCAUCAACACCUAACCAACUACUGGCCCACACCCAACACUCCCCAAAUUUUAAAAAAAAAAGCUUCCUGGUCUUCUUCUGCAGGACAAUAGUAGUUGCUUUCUGCUCAAAGGUGAGGUCAUUCCAGAGAGGAGGUGUCAGAAGAAUUGCUCAGGGGGUGAGAACCUGCCAGUCUCCCGCUCUGAAACAUCGAGAGCAGCUUUGAGAUUAACCCAGGGUUGUCCAUGUGCGAGAGGGAUAUGUGAUGAGAGAAUAUCUUGUUCCGUGUGAUUGUGAUAUGCGCCAGUCUCCUGUAAGUCACCCCACACUUCUCCCCUUGUCACCACACACAGGAACUCCCUCACCUCAGAAAUACAACUCCACUGUCUGUCUGUUCCCACAGCAGUGUUUGCUGUACUCAUGCACAGUGGCUGUUGUCUGUAUAAUUUGAAUAACUUGCCUCUAAUGAUUGUUAGAUACUGGCUUUUAAUGUACAGUUAGAGGUACAAUGUGUUUUAUAGUCCCCUCUCUGUAAAUGUCAUUCAAAAUAAUUAAAAGUGCAUUUUUAAUAAA